UGAGAAGAUAACAUCCUUGUAGAAAUUUGAUUUCUAUCGACAUCAAGUAAAUUGGACCGAAGCGUCAUGACGAGUCUUUCAGACCAAGACAAGGAAACCUUUCAGCGGUUCAUUGGAGAGGGCUUCAAGGACUUUGAAAAGCUGUAUAGUUUUAAGGAAGACGGAAGUAAUGCAGAUGUGUUCCACAAGAAGUGUGACAACAGAGGACCGACGGUGACCGUCAUCUACGACUCGUUGGGCCAGGUGUACGGAGGAUACACGUCAGUCAGCUGGCAGUCUGCUUCAAUCCCACAAGUCUUCGACAAAAGCGCAUUCCUUUUUUGUCUUAGAAGUGAUGGGGACAAUGAAAAAUUUCCCGUGAGAAAAUGCGAGUCAGCCCUCGUAUACGACGGAAAGGCUGGUCCUAUCUUCGGAAAUGGCCCAGAUCUAGAGGUUUUCACUGGAACCGUCGAUAAAAAAGAUGAUGGUACAUUUGUACCCAGCUCCAAAAUGACCGCGGAUUCUUAUCAGCACAUGCCCAUGUCGAUUGGAGAUGUUAUCGAAUCUGAUGUCCCAGUAAUAGAUGUCAUAGUGUACAGGGUUAAAGAUAAAAAGCAGAACAUUACGUCACUGCAGUGGAGAGAUGAGCCUCAUUUUGACAAACAGUACCUGUCAACACUUAUUGAUGAGGUGGAGUCCUAUUGGCCCCUGAAGAAAUUCGGAGUGUCAGAAGAAGCUCUCGAGCACGUUAAUAUUCUCUUCAUUGGACCAAUCGGCGCCGGCAAAUCGAGUUUCUUAAAUUCGGUUGAGUCUGUAUUCAGAGGCCACGUGACAAUGAGUGCUGCUGCUGGAAGUAGGGGGAAAAGCGUUACGUCAAUGUACCGUCAGUAUCCUAUCACAGCUUCUGAUAACAGACGAUACCUCAAAUUCCAAUUAUGUGACUGCCGGGGGCUAGAGGAUGCAUUUAGUAUCAAUAAGGACAUUGAUGCGAUUCUGGACGGGCACGUGCCUGAUAACUACAUCUUUAAUGUCUCAUCACCAGUAACAAAUAAAACUCACGGCUACCGAAGGGAUCCCAAGCUGAAGGACAAGAUCCACUGUGUAGUGUACGUUCUGGAGGCGGAGAAGUAUGCGGCCGAGGUCGAGAUGUCCUUUGUGACGGAACCAGUGAAGGAACAGAUCAUGGAGAUUCAAGACAAAAUAGAUCAGAGAGGUAUUCCCCAGUUAAUACUACUGAAUAAGAUCGAUAACGCCUGCAGUGACACGAAGGGGGACACAUCGCUCGUGUACCGCAGUGAACUGAUCAGACAGAGGUGCUACCAUGCCGCUAACUGUUUGGGACUUCCACCCCUGACGGUACUGCCGAUGAGGAAUCACUUUAUGGAACUGACAACGUCGGACGAGGUCGCCGUCCUCACUUUGUAUAACGUCCGUCAGAUGUUAAGGGCGGCCGACUCGUACCUGAGAGUUAACUACUUGACCGAGUUACGGCAGGACAUAUAUGAGUCGUCGCUAAUACACUAGACAUUCAACAACAAAACCGCAAUUGAACAUAACUGAAACGAAAAACAACAUGUUUUUUGAAACAUGUACUUAAUAUGUCUGGAAUACAAACUGAUGAUAAGCAGUAAAAAAAAUUCAGGCAUGAGGAAAUUCGUUUAUAAACAAUAAGAUAAAGUACACUUUUCCACGACAAAUAUACACGUGUAUGUGUACAAAUUAUCACAAGUAAUGGUAUACAUAAUGUAUAGCUGAACUUUGUUGAUUGCUUGUGUAGAAAUCUUGCCAAAAGCGAAAAUAGCUUCAAGUUUUCGUUUUACCAGUAUGUCAUCCUGCUACAUUCCGUAUUUUUGUGCAAUUCCUGUAGCUUUUUUAGUCUGCUUAUCUUUAUUAAUAAAUUGUCGGUACUUUUGCAAUAAAAUAGCAAAUAUGCAUGUUCUAGUGUCUACCUACUAUUUUAUGAAGCAGUAUUUUUAUGAGUCAUUAUAUCAUAAUAUACAUGCAAGACUUACAUGACGUGAAUAAAAACUGUAGAUCAAAGUUACAUUUUAUAAGUCCAAUGAAAAACUAACGUAGAUAACACUACAUCUAACUCUAUUGGAGGUGGUAUGUACUUGUGUGUUGUUUGUAUACAAUCUCCUUUUCUUUUAAUUGGAUUCCAUUUCAGGGCUCUGUUUUUAAUAUUUCAUCUGGUGGUAGUGGAUUAAAACAAAGUGCUGAUCAUUUUAAGAGUUAACGUCAAUGUGAAUUCAAGUCAUGCUAUUUAACAAGAAAAACAAUAAUCAACUGACAGAGAAUUAGACAUCUGAUAGUUUAGACAUCAAAGUGUUGGUGUGAUUAAAGAUGAUAAGAUAUACCGUUUUAUUUAUAAGGAAAAUGUUUCUUUCCCACAGUGACUACAUAUAUAUUUUUUUAAAAACCGCCACUUCAUACAACGUGUCCAUAGGCACUUUAUUAAACAUUGGUCUAUCUUAUUCAACUGAAAGUUCAACGCAUUUCUAGUCUUCAUGAAGAACCAAACAUAAUGCGUAUCUUAGAGAUUGAAGUUACAGAUGUUGGAGGCACCACAGAAGAUUGUUCAAAGCGAGAGCACAUCUUCUCUUCUGUACCCUCAAAUUUGUUUGAGAAACAAAUACAGAGGAAUGUUCCUAUGCUGAUCAUCAAUCGUCGAUCUAUAUUAUUGUAAUACUAAGAGCGGGAUAAGCCUAUAUUAGAUAAUGCAUGUGUAGAUUUUUUUUAUCAAGCAACCUUAUUUCCAUUUGUAUGUAGACAAGGAUACAGUUCUUUGAAGUCUUAUCAGCAAACACAAUGACAUGUCUGUCGUGUAAAUCAUGAAGUGUAGAUUAAA